UAGGCAGCAGCAGCAUGCGGUGGUCCAGGUCCAGCAGGCAUCCACCACCAGCCUAAUACCCCAAUCCCUGGGCUUGUAGCCUGACUUUUGUUCGUAUCCGAUGUCGCACGUUGCAGCAGGAACCAGGAAAAAGCCAGUGUCAGUGACACAGUGGGCGUGGGUGCUCCCAAAAAUAUACUAAGAAUCAGAAGCACAACACCCCAGCCUCCUUUUCUUUUCUGGGUAGCCUCCAGUUUUCAUCAAAACUUGCUACUGCUCUGCUUUGAGUCUCUGACACAGAGAAGGAGAAAGUGACGUAUUGGAGAAGCUCAAGUCAACAAAAGCACAGGGGACCUACUGCUUAAUUUUUGGCGGGCAGCAACGGUCACUUUCAAUGAUUUUAUGUGGGUGGUGGUGGCUUUCUCCCUGACCCAUCUACUCACUCUCUGUCACACACUUGCUUUGCCUGUUUGGCUUAGUUUGCCUAUUUUACCUAUUGCCCGUGAUCUUCUCAGUUUGAUCUUUCAUUUCAUUUUUAACCAACCCUCUCAAGCUUUCUCCUUUUCGUCUCUCUGCCUUUGCUUGUUGCUUGUUUGAUCACAAGGAAGGAGAUUGAGCUGAGGCGGACACAGGCUUUCUCAAGCUGCUUGGGCUGUAACGGCAAAAGCAGAUCUCAAUCAUAUGAGGAGAUCUUCUACUCUGGUGGAUGUGUUUCUCCUACUUGCAUUGUUCAGUGGUGCUCCAUGGGCUGUCAAGGGCAGUCCACAUUGCAGCAAACGGGCCAACUCAGGAGAAAUUCGACCUCACAGUGUCACUAUCACUGAAUUUGGCGCUGUUGGAGACGGGGUCGCUCUCAACACAAAAGCCUUUCAGAAUGCCAUCUUCUAUCUCAAUUCCUUCACAGACAAGGGUGGGGCCAAGCUUUUUGUCCCAGCUGGCCGGUGGUUGACAGGAAGCUUCCAUCUCAUCAGCCAUCUAACCUUGUGGUUGGAUAAAGAUGCAGAAAUUCUUGGAUCAACGAACUCUGAUGACUGGCCAGUUGUUGAACCUUUACCAUCAUAUGGUCGAGGAAGGGAGUUGACAGGUGGAAGACAUCAAAGUCUCAUUUAUGGACGCAAUUUGACGGAUGUUAUCAUAACAGGUGAUAAUGGGACUAUCGAUGGCCAAGGCAGCAUCUGGUGGAAUUGGUUCCAUAACAAAACCCUGAAUUACACAAGGCCCCAUUUGGUGGAAUUGAUGAACUCAACUGGGAUUGUGAUCUCAAACCUGACCUUCCUAAAUUCACCAUUUUGGACCAUUCACCCUGUAUAUUGCAGCCAUGUAACUGUCCAGAAUGUGACAAUCAUUGCUCCUCCAAAGUCACCAAACACGGAUGGGAUUGAUCCAGACUCUUCUGAUAAUGUCUGCAUUGAAGAUUGUUAUAUUAGCACUGGUGAUGAUCUGAUAGCGAUCAAAAGUGGAUGGGAUGAGUAUGGUAUUUCAUAUGGUCGUCCCAGUAGAAACAUUAUCAUUCGUAGGAUUACUGGGAAAACUGAAACAAGCGCAGGAAUUGCGAUUGGAAGUGAGAUGUCUGGAGGUGUGUCAGAAGUUCAUGCAGAAAACCUCCAUUUUUUCAAUUCUAAGACAGGUAUCAGAAUAAAGACCUCCCCAGGAAGGGGUGGCUAUGUGAAAAAUAUCUUUGUAUCGAACGUGACCUUGGAUGGUAUAGAUAUAGCUAUAAGGUUCACCAGUCACUACGGGGAGCACCCAGAUGAGUUUUAUGACCCAAAUGCCCUCCCUAUUAUAGAGCAAAUUACUUUUAAAGAUUUCGUAGGAAAGAAUAUCAAAACUGCAGGUCUCCUAGAGGGUUUAGAAGGUGACACUUUUCUGGACAUUUGCUUAUCCAAUAUUACUCUUAAUGUGACCUCAAAGUCUCCAUGGAAAUGCUCUUCUAUUCAAGGAUAUUCUGACUUAGUUUCUCCAGAAACUUGUGAGCCUCUCAAGGAGAGAAUCUCCCCUGAGCAUUACUUGGAUUGUUACUAUCUAUCUGAUCACAUAUGGAUUUCAAGUAAUCAAAACAAAGGUGUUCAGUUUCUGGCUUGGUAGAUUCAUGAAAGUUGCCUUCUGUGAAUGUUGAAAAAAAUCGAUUCUUGCCAUUUCUCAGUGCAACAGCCAAUUACAUAGCUGGAGGAUAUAAUUGCGCGACAUAAGAAGUUGAGUGGAGUUGCCAAUUUGUGGUUUGUACCUUGCGGGAUGGUAUUAAGAGAAUGAGUAUAUCUUGUAAGUUUGUGUGCAGUAACAAAUAAUUGAGUGAUUUUGUCAUAAAUUGGAAAUAGAAAGAUUUUGUAA